AGAUUGAGGAAGCAGAGAAGAAGCUGAUUGGGAUUUUUCUCUCUUACAAGCUGAAACUGAAAUUGCGCUUUUUCUCCAACGUUCUUCUCAAUUCUCUCUUUCCUCCUUCUUCUUCGCACGCUAUUAUGGAGAGAGGGAAGAAUCAGAUCAGUGAAGGUGAAGCUGAUUCAGUUGAAUUUGGGGAUGUAAUAUAUGUCAAGCUUAGGAGUGGUUCAUGGUGGCCUGCACAGGUUGUUGAUGAUAAGUCAAUCCUUUCGAGUCUUAAACCUAGAAAUCGUCGUGCUGAGGAUGUUCUUGUUCGGAUUUAUGGAAGUCAUACAUUCUUGAAUGUGAAUCCUGUUAGAUCUUGUGCUGAGUUUGAGACGAUUCUGAAGAAUAAUAAUGGGGAUCUGCGAAAAAUACUCGAAGAAGGUCUUGAAAAGGACCUUCCUAGCUCAAAGAAGUCAGCAUCAAAGGCCAAAGGAACAUCAAGCGCCAAAAAGAGAACACCUAACAAGAAAGAGGAGGAGCAGACCACAGCAAAGCGCCAAAAAGGAAACGAUGCGUCAAAGGAUGAUGAUCAGGCUAGCCCUAGCCCAAGUUGUGAAACAGCCUCCGGAAAGCUCCAAGAGUUGAGUUCUCGAAGGAUAAGAGUGAUGCAAAGCCUUGGUCUCAGUGCUCCAUCUGGUUCACCAUUCAUUAAAGUUAGGAGUAAUUACAAUACAACCCCGUGAUUAUGGGGAUUAAAAAUUGUAGGCAUGUGCAGAACUUGCAUAAAUGCAUUCUCUUUUAAUAGGACAUGCUCAUUUAAUCAAAUACCUAGUUAAGGAUUGUUUAAUAUGUAGUUUCGAAGUUCUUAUUCAAGCACAUGGACGUAAUUGUCCGUUAUGACAAAAAUGUUUAGCAAAGUUUAUGCGUUUAGGUAGGUGGUCUACCGUUGACUUAUGCAUGCUAGCUUCAGAUUUCUAAAGUUGAAAGUUCAUACGGAUAUAUGAAUAUGUGACUUGCGAAGA